AUGGUUCAGGUGCUUGGCUGCGGAGUAGAGGCUCGGCCGUUGAACAUAUUGAGGGCCGAUGCGCAGAGCAGCGGCAGUGGCGGGAGCUGGUGGGCCGAUGCGGCCUUCUGGGACGGGCUGGCUCUUGGGGCAGUAAAGCAAUCGGGGCCCAGCCCGGACGUUGGAAACAGCUUCACCGAGGCCGCGAACGAUGGUCCCAGUCCCGGAGUGGGCCACUGA